ACAGGGUUGCUUAUAUUUCCCACUCUCCUUGCUUUUUGUGGGUGUGGUUGAGGGCUCAAAAUCUGAUCUGCUGAUAUUUGCUUCUUCUUCACCUUGAAUCAGUUUCUGGGUCUGAUUUCAGUUGGGGUAUCCGCUUGAAAUUUCAUUUCUUGCGUUCAAAUCCUUCAAAAUCAAGGUGCUGAGUGUUGAUUCUUCAUUUUGGGUUUGAUAACUGCAUAUUGUGUGGAAUUCAGUGAAGAUAUGUGCUUGAUGGUGGAGAUGAGUCAGUAAUUUGCAAGUUUGAAAUUAUCAACACAAGUGGGUGUUUGUUGAUCUUCAGAGUCAUCGAUUUUUGGUUCUGCAUAUGAUCAUGGAGAAACAGAGCAGUUUCCGUGCACCUAGAAUGGAGAAACAGAUUAGUUUUCAAGGUAUAAAGAUAGAAAAUCAACCCAGCACGCGGGGAGUGAUGGAAAAACAGCAGAGUUUUAAGCAGCCGAGUAGUCGAGGAAUGAUGGAAACGCAGCGAAGUUUUAAGAAGCCAGCUCUCAGGGUGAUGGAGAAGCAGAGGAGCUUUCGUGUAGUGAUGGAGAGGCAGCUGAGCUUCAUUGGAUCUAGUGAGAGGAGGAAAAACAGGGAUUCACCUGGAAAGAGAGGUGACUUGCCGCUUCAUUUGGCAGCACGAGCAGGGAAUCAGAGUAGAGUACGAGAGAUUCUUCAGAAUUGUAGUGGUAAUGAUGCUAAGGAACUUUUGUCAAAGCAAAACCAAGAGGGGGAGACUCCUCUUUAUGUUGCAGCCGAGAAUGGGCAUGCUAUGGUAAUUGAAGAGUUGGUGACAUAUAUGGACCUUGAGACUGCAUCAAUCCCAGCAAGGAAUGGCUUUGAUGCAUUCCAUGUUGCAGCAAGGCAGGGUCAUGUCGAUGUGUUGAAUGAACUUUUGCAGUUAUCCCCCAACUUGGUCAUGACCACAGAUUUAUCAGGUACAACUGCCUUACACACUGCUGCUGCACAAGGGCAUAUAGAAGUAGUCAAUCUUCUUUUAGAAACAGAUUCAAAUUUGGCGAAGAUAGCUAGGAACAAUGGUAAAACUGCCCUUCAUUCAGCAGCAAGGAUGGGACGCUUGGAAGUAGUGAAAUCCUUGCUUAGCAAGGAUCCAAGCACUGCCUUUAGGAAAGAUAGAAAGGGCCAAACUGCAUUACAUAUGGCUGUGAAAGGUCAACAGGAAGAGAUGGUGCUGGAAUUGGUUAAACCUGACCUCUCGAUUUUGAACUUGGAAGACAAUAAGGGAAAUACUGCAUUGCACAUCGCUACAAAGAAGGGCCGUAUUCAGAUGGUUAGUUGCUUGUUAUUACUUCAGGGUAUUGAUGUCAAUGCAGUAAACAAGGCUGGAGAAAGUCCACUUGACAUAGCAGAAAAAUUUGGAACCUCUGAAAUUGUUGCCAUCUUAAAGGAAGCAAAAGCAUGCAAUUCAAAAGACCAUGGAAAGCCAACAAAUCCAGCAAAACAACUUAAGCAGACUGUCAGUGACAUAAAACAUGAUGUCCAGAGCCAACUCCAACAAACCCGUCAAACUGGUUUCAGGGUCCAUAAGAUUGCGAAGAGACUUAAGAAGUUGCACAUUAGUGGCCUGAACAAUGCUAUAAACUCUGCAACAGUUGUUGCUGUUCUCAUUGCUACUGUUGCUUUUGCUGCCAUCUUCACCCCUCCAGGACAGUUUGUUGAGGAUAAAACACAACAAGGGGCUACACUUGGGCAGGCUCACAUAGCUAACAAUGCUGCAUUCCUUGUCUUCAUUAUUUUCGACAGCCUUGCAUUAUUCAUCUCCCUGGCUGUUGUCGUUGUUCAGACAUCAGUAGUGGUGAUUGAACAGAAGGCAAAGAGGCAGCUUGUCUUUGUGAUUAACAAGCUUAUGUGGCUGGCUUGUCUUUUCAUUUCAGUUGCAUUUAUUUCCCUGACGUAUGUGGUGGUUGGAAAGGAUUCUCAAUGGCUUGCUGUGUUUGCAACUCUUAUUGGUGGCUCUAUCAUGCUAACUACAAUUGGUGCGAUGUUUUAUUUUGUCAUUCGACAUAGAAUAGAGGAGACUAAGUUAAGGAAUAUAAGGAAAGCUGAGAGUCGUUCCCGUUCUUUCUCUAUGUCUGUGGUUUCAGAUUCGGAGUUUUUGAAUGGUGAAUUCAAGAGGCUAUAUGCACUUUAAGACUGGGAGAAACUGACCAAGUGUAGAGUGGGCACGUGCUAUGUAAUAUAACCAUAAGAUCUCACAUGUUCUUGACUGAGGUGUUCAAUAAUAAAGUGAGCACGAAGGUAUGAAACUAGUUAUUGGGUUGAGCAAUUGAAAGGGAGAUGAAUUCAGAUUACCUAUCUACUUCACUUGAAAGCUUCUUUUCAGGGGAAACUUGGUUUUCCCUUUCUUGGUUUCAAAGUUGCAAUGGACUGAGGUCAGAAUCUGAAUUCAAUUUUUGUUAGUUUUGAAGUUGCUAUGAACUCAGGUCACAAUCUGAAUUCGAUUUUCAUAUUGGCAAAGGAUUUGGCUGAAGCUCAAGAAUUGUUGAAAACGACCAUGUAUCCCAAUCUCUGGUUUCAACUUCAUUUGUAAUCCAUCUUGUGUGGAAAUAUGGAGUUGUAACAACAUAUGAUGUUCAUAAAUAAUUUGAAGAGCCUUUA